UUUCAUUGAAAAAUUUUUACCUUACCGCUUUAUAAUCGUUUUCUAGAAAAAACCAAAAUAAUCGUGAAAUCCCAAUGAAUCAGAUGUACAAUAUAUGUAAUAUGUAUUUAAUUUUGACCUUAACUUUAAACGAAAUUGUGCAUUAAAAUUUGAUAAGUUAUAGAAUUAAAAACAAUUUAUUAUUUUCCUCAAAAUGUGAGACAUUGAAUGUUAGAUUUAUUUUGUAUCUUGCUUGUGUAUGAUUUCUGGAUCAUAAAUCUUUAUGACAAAAAUACGCUUAUCAAGCUGUGAUAAAGUGACAAUAGCAGAGCUCUACACAAAUCAAAUAUUACUGAAACAGAUGAAAAUGUGCUUUACAUAAAAUAGUUAUUGUAUUUAACAAUGGAAGGUAAAAAAUAUGUAGCUUUAAUUACUGGAUUUGGACCAUUUGGCAGUCAUGUUAUUAACGCCAGUUGGGAAGCCGUGAAGGAAUUAAAUAAAUUAUGUAUUAAUUCUCAAGAGAUGGUGGACGUUGAAAUAAUUAUAAAAGAGAUUCCAGUUUCAUAUCAAGAUGUAGCAGCAUGUAUACCUAAGCUUUGGAAAGAAUAUAAACCUACGGUAGUUAUACAUGUAGGGGUAAGCCACAAAGCGCAAUGUUUAACCAUAGAAUGUUGUGCUCACAGUAAUGGCUACAUGAGAGAAGAUAUAUUUAACAAAUGUCCAGAUGAAAGUAUUAUUGAGCCUAAAAUUUUGAAAACUGAAAUCAAUGUCAAACAAGUCUGUAACAUAAUCAAUGAAAAUUCAGACAGAACAGAAUGUAAUGCUUGUAUUUCAUAUGAUGCAGGAAGAUAUUUGUGUGAAUAUAUAUUUUACAAAUCUCUAGAAAUUGCACCUAAAAAGACAAUAUUUGUUCAUGUUCCAGAUUUCAAUCGAUAUUCAAGUGUACAAAAUGCAAAAGGUUUAUAUGAUAUUUUAUACUGUAUUAUUCAGGAUAUGAAAAAAAGUAAACACUAAAUUUUAUAAUACAAAAAUUA